GAAGAGCUGUCGCCAACCGCUUCUCGUGACGUCAGAACGACUUUCGCUUUCUUCGGGUUCGUCAAGUUUCGCUUCUCCUCGGCUGUUUCCGGCACUUGUUCCAGGAAAUAAUGAGGGGCUGACUGGAACCGACGGCCGUGGUUCCGAGCCGCGAUCAUGUUCGGCGCUCUGCUUCUGCUCGUCCUCGGCGUCUCGUCACGGCCGGUGACGUCCUCAGCUCUGGACGCCCCCAGAAACGUGCGCUUGACCUCCGUCAACAUGAACCUGCAGCUGGAGUGGGACCCGCCGGAGGGGGGCGCCCGCGACCUGCUCUACUCCACCCAGUUCUGGGCGCGCAUGAGCCCGGCCCAGGUCACGGCCGGCUGCGUCAACACGACGCGGCGCCGCUGCGACCUCAGCGCCGUGGCGCGGCCCGUCUCGGAGUUUGGCGCGUACGUGGGCAGCGUGCGGGCUCAGCGCGGAGCCCAGACCUCCAGCUGGACCCACAGCAACUCACUCACCCUGUUCAGAGACACUGUGAUCGGACCCCCGGGCCUGGCCCUCCUCUCCAGGGGCUCCUCCUUGGAGGUGGUCAUCACCGACCCAGAAUUCUCGGUGUCCUCGCUGCGGUCCACCUUUCCUGACGCCACCUACAACCUCUCCUACUGGAGGGAGGGGGAGCAGCAGGUCCAGCGGAUCCCCGACGCCCAGCAGAACCGACUGGUCCUGAAUGAGCUGCAGCCAUGGAGCAGGUACUGCGCGGAGGUCCACAUCCGGACGGAGCUGGCCGGAGCCAGCCGACCCAGCGGGACUGUCUGCGAGAGCACCAGCAGCAGCGAGGAGGCCGCUCCGUGGCUGGCGGCAGCGGUGACGGCCGCCGUCCUGGCGCUUCUGGUUGCUCUGCUGGUGAUUGGCGUGCGCCACCGUCAAAGCAUCUCGUACUUCCUCUGUCCGCAGGAAGUGAUGCCGGAACACUGGAAGCAGUACCUGCUGGCUCCGCCCUCCUCACUGCUCACACAGCAGGCGCCCCCCACUGAGGACUACCACCCGCUCAGCGUCCUUCCCGAGCAGCCCGCAGAAGCACAGCGCCCCCUGGAUUCUCCCUGCAGUGACGCCACUGUCGACGGGACCGUCUGGCCAUGCUGAGCUCCAGUCAGCAGGUGGCGCUGCCCUCUGCUCCUCGAGCUUUUCGAUGAUGAAUAAAUGGUCGUGUUUGUGACGAA